ACGGUUCUCGAAAACUCGUUAUCGAAUUUCCGCGUGAUCCGAAUUAUCAAUUUAUAGAUGGAUUCGCAAUGUUUAAAAGUUGGAUUCGAAGUAAAGAAAGAAUUAAGAGAAAGAUGCAUGGAUGAAAUACGCGUGAUGAGGAGAAGGGGGGAGGCGAGCGAGAGAAGAGGAAGUAGUCGGUUGGUGCAUGCUUGACGCGUUCUAUCUCUCUCCGUUCAAAGUUGGUACAAGAGUACGUUUGUUCGGCCGGUUUCGGUUUUAUUCGGUUCGAUUCGGUACUGUCACCGUGGCUCCGUUAGUGGGGAUAUCCGUAGUGGGGAUACGCUUUCCCCACCACGUUGGAGAUAGCGAAGGCGCUCGAGAACGAAGAGUGGGGAAUCGGCGCAAAGGUUCGGCGGAAGGUUCAAUUGUUGGUCAACCAUCGCGGAGAGUGGUUGCGCGUGAUAGACGACUCGCACGAUAGACGCGCGUGCUCCGUUUCGCGAUCGGUGCGUGGCACACGGGAACUCGUGCAUACGACAUCGACCACUGUGCGAGACGUGCAGCGAAAAUCUAAACACGGAAAUGCGUGCUACUAAUCGCGGCAGUGACGUGGUGAUUGGUUCGCCUUCGUUCGCGUUAUCAGCGUGAGUAAACGCAGGCCGUGUAAACGCAAGUGACCGAAGAAGCGGAAAACCCACCUUCCCUUUUUCAAUUGCUCCCUUUCUAACGUUCGCUCGUGCAUACGGAUUUAUUAUUUACGCGAGUAUUUGUACCGGCUGUGAUCGCUACAAGUGAAAAUAUAUAAUAUUAUUCUUCUUGUGUGACUUGUACGAGACUCGUGUGGCUGGCCAACCAUCAUCGCUUCGGUCGUCACGCUCGGUCGUACGACCGAAACCAUCGAAAUUUUGGAUUAUCGUGUGUCUUUGCCUUUCGUUCAGUUGACGCACCGCCGACCCGCCAGCGGCCAUGACGGCGGACAGCAUGUUUGAGACUACCAGCAUCCCAGGGCAUCUCGCUCCCACGCCCCAGAGACUGGAGAGGCUUCUCUCGAAACAGACCCUCGAGGAACUGUACGAGGUCGAGGAACAACCUUUCGCACGGGGUAAAUACGCGACAGUGAAGAGAUGUCGAGAGAGAUCCAGCGGAAGACAAUGGGCCGCAAAAUUUCUACGGAAGAGGAGACGAGCGCAGGAAUUAAGAGCGGAAGCGCUUCACGAAGUCGCGGUGCUGGAUGCUGCGGCGAAUUGUUCCCGCCUGGUAUCCUUACACCAAGUCUUCGAAACGAACACGGAGAUGGUCCUGGUUUUGGAAUUGGCACCCGGCGGUGAAUUACAAAUGAUAUUGGAUAGAGACGAAGUUCCGGAAGAACGACAAGUGGCCAGAUUGUUGAAGCAGAUUUUAGACGGAAUAGCGUUCCUGCAUUCGUUGAACGUUGCUCAUCUCGACAUCAAGCCUCAAAAUCUGGUCCUGACUGGCGAGUUUCCGGAUUGCGACGUGAAACUUUGCGACUUUGGUAUCUCGCGAUACAUCAGCCAUGGCGCGGACAUAAGGGAGAUUCUGGGCACGCCUGAUUACGUGGCUCCAGAGGUGUUGAACUACGAGCCGAUCAGCCUGGCAACAGACAUGUGGUCCAUUGGGGUAUUGCUCUAUGUGUUGCUAACGGGAUGCUCCCCAUUCGGAGGUGAUACAAAACAGGAAACGUUCUGCAACAUUAGCCGAUGUCGCCUAGAUUUCCCCGACGAUCUCUUCGAGGACGUCUCCGAAGAGGCGCGCGAUCUUAUGCGCAAGCUGAUGGUCAAGGAUCCAAACGAACGAUUGACCGUCACGGAAUGCCUUCAACAUCCAUGGUUCGCCAUGUUCGAGGACCCUCGUCCAUCGUUAUCCACGCUCAACUGCCCCUCGAUGGAUCAAUCCCCUAUCCAAGACGCGGCUUCUCCAACCGCGAAAUCGUUCUCGAAGUCGAGCACGAGCACGAGCACGAGCACGGAACAUCAAACGUGUCUGUCUACUACUGCUACCUCUAAAAACGACUCCGAGAAACAAAGAUCGUCCAAUGUUUGUCAAAGUGUCGAAACGAAACCUACGGCGAACAGAGCGGUCUCCUCCCAUACUGAGAACUUGUAUUCAAAAACGUCAAAAUUAUCGUCCAAACCUAUGAAAUUUGGCCUGAGUUCCGAUCGUAGGGACACUUUCAAAAGAAACAUGGACAACUUGGCGCAAAAAUUCUCUGGGACGGAGAUUGUGCUGAUCGAGCCGGUCUCGUCUGCAGGUACGACAGUCUCUUCAAAUGUAACGACAACCACGCAAAGAAGGGCGACGGCUACGCACACAAUGCCAGCCGGCGAGGUGUUCAAAUGCACACCUGUGUUCAUUCUGGGCGAGGAGCAACAGUGCAGUGACAGCGGCAGCGAUUCGGUAUCGGAGAUAUCGACCGAUAGUUCGAGCGAUAGAAGUAGCAUCUACUCAGAUGAUUCUUUAGAUUUUAUUUUAUACGGAAAGAGUCAAGGUCGAUCCAGUUUUCCAUUUUCGGCGACCGAGUCAUCUUCCGACAGAUGGGAACAGAGGCAUCACACGAGAAUAUGGCCGAGAGAAUGUAACGGGGUAGUGAGCAAAGCUUUGAGUCGAUUCUCGUCAGAAACGUCGAACGCGAAAUUCGGGAAAGCGUCUACGCCCCCAACGACUCAUGGGAAGACUGGUCUAGAAGCGCUGCGUGAAAGAGGCGGGAAUUUAGUAGUAAUCCGCGAGCCUGUCAGAGCUGGCAGAUAUACCAGAUAUAGCGAAGUACAAUGCGAGUCGGUACAAGCACGAAUUCGACGAUUUCAAGUUCAAGGAGCGUCGUAGACAUCGAUAUUAGGACGAUACAUAUGUCUAUGAAGGGCUUUCUCGAGCAGCUUCAAAGUUCUGGAUCCAUUGUCCAAAUAUGGAUGGAUCCGUUGUAAAUAUUACGUUACGAUGUACAGUACAUAGUUCGUACGCGUUACGAUAGAUGGGUAUUCGAACGAAUAAUCGAGGUGAAAGGUAGGCGAGAACAGCGGAGUGGGGCGGCUGUAAAUAUAUAGAGUGGGGAUAGUUGAGUACCGAUUGUUCGUGACGCGUGUUGUAAAUAAAUUCAGACGACCGAGAUUUUGCGAGAGCGAAGAGCUUGUGGUCAAUUGGAUUGCACUAAAACAGGAGUGCGUGUGUCGAUCGUUGUAUAUAAAAAAAUUGAAUUCGAUUGGUGACGACAAAUGUUUGAACGAUGGAUCGCGAGAGCGAGACACGUCGUCUGCCAUUACCGAUAGACUGACCAGCCGUCCUUUCGAACUGCGAGAAUAAAAGAACGCAUUCGGGGCAUCGAGUUGUUCGCGAAACGAAAGUUUAUAAAGAUUAGCUCGUCUCGCGUUAUUCUCGAGGUCGAGGAACUUGUGCUUGUGAUCGUUACGUAAUGGGUAAAUGUCAGGCAUAUGUCAGACUUCGUUCGAAAUUCUAGAGAAUGGAAAAUGGCGAAUGGAAAAUGGCGCGUGAAUAACUCGAUGCUAAGCGGCAAGUUUACCUAACCUAGUUGUAAUAUUAUUGGUCGCGAUAUACCAGAUCUUCCCAAUAACUCGAAUUAGCUGAUCAAUCCGUUUCACGGAUCCCAUUAAAAUCUAAAUCCAAUAACUUGGGUGCCUUUAUCGUAAACGUUUAAGAGAACCGCGUAUUUGUGUAAGUCGUUUUAAUAUUCUUUAUUAUAACAAACGCGCAUGCUUAUAUCGAUAUAUGUGCGAUACAAAGGAGAAUCUCGCGUAUUAAUAUUUAUCUUUGCGUGUACGCAUGCGCGUAUGGAUUGUACGCGAAGAAAGUGCUCGUAGUGCCUAGUUUUGUUCAUCCUGUUCGUUAGUAUUUUUCGUCGCAGAAACACGGAUCGUUACAUCGUGAAAAGAUAAAAUGCGUGCGUGAUGAAAGAAUGAAUGUUUCCAAGAAGAGUCGGAUGAACGAGCAAACGAACAAGUGCCUUAGUCGUACGGACGAUUUAAUCAAUCGCGGCGACGAUCGAACGAAAUUGAGAGCCUAGACUAGCUCUAGACAUCUCCAAUUCUUCUCGUUGAAUCGAUAAGCGUUUCUCGAGGGAGAUCUGUGUUCGAUGCGUUGCAUCCCUCGAACGGUCGAAUAUCGCGCUAUACCACCGAAAUACUUUUCCUUUUUUCUGUUCUUCCCUUCUCUCCUUUGUACAUCUAGAAAUCUAUCUUAUCGACGAGUCGCAAUGCAUCGCGAGACAACUGCCGUAGAUACGAAAUUAAUCGUUUAACCGUCGAAGAACCGAUACUCGGAACCGAGUUUCAUUCGUGGAGAAUGGAAUGAUCAAGAGGAGAAGCUUGAUUAACGAGGUAGGAUCGUGAUUUUUUUUAAAUCCUUUGUUAAAAAUGAAACGCAUAAAUAUACGCAUAAAUGUAGAUAUUUAUGUAGAUGAAAUCUAAGGACGAACGCUGACAAACCUUGUGGAGCGUAAACUUCCAUAAUCGAAGAGCACGCUCCGUAAAUGCUAGUCAUAUAGUUGCUCGUCCUCUCGUUCGAACUCGUUUGUGUCCCCAGCUGAAUCGUUCUGAAUCGUAAAUUCGAAUUCACAGAUUCGAUAAAUAGUGCCUUCGUUAUAAAUUUCGGGGACAUGGAAAAAUGAGACGAGAAAAUUCGAACGGGACAGACGAGUACACGAUCGAAAUGACGGAAAUGGAUACAAAGAUGGCUGGAAAAGCGUUUGGAGUCGUUGUUUCGUGAAAUCUAACCUCGUAGAUCGAGGAAUCUCAUCGAAUUUUUUUUGGCUUCGCGGAUAUUAUUACCACGAGCGUUCGUCCUUUGAAAUUCCGAAACGCACAAUGAGAUACGCAGACGCACGAAUAAAUAUCUCGUCGUGGAGUGCGAACAGUAAACGAAUGAGAGAGAAACGAGUGAACGUGUAUUGCGUGAAUCGACGAUUAUCUCUCUGAGAAUCAAAGAAAAUCGUAGAGACCUGUAAUAUAAUUUUACUAUCACGAUAGAGAAGGGGCGCGUGCAUCCGAGCAAGCCGAAUUGCCAUUUCUCGAGGCCAAUCCGUCGUUAUUUAUUUCCGCCUGUUUUGUAAACGGUAUAAUGUAUUUAAUUAUUCGCGUUUCGCCUCUUGUUCGCGUGAUUUUUAGUCCGAUCGUUGGCCCUCGCAGAAGGGCAUGCGCCAUUUCUCUUCUUUUUCUCGGGCACGUCCUCUUCUCCGAUCUAAUCGAUUAUCAAUAUUAUUAUUAUUAUAAUUAUAAUUAUUAUUAUUAUUAUUAUUAUUAUUAUUGUCAUGAUCAAUUAAUUAUUAUUAUCACUGUUACAAUAAUAAUUAUUAUUAUCGCUAUUAUUAUUACUAUUACGUUAUUACUCUAAUGUUAUUAAUAUCGAGAUUGAUCACGAUGAGAAAAAUCGCGCAUAUAGACGUUAUACAAGAAAAUUUCUUCUGUAAAUAUCUCUGUCAUUGUAUUAAUUUUAAUAACGUGCGAAAAUAAAUGCCGCAAAUCAUUCGGAAA